AUGAGUGCUAAUUCAUUGACAUCAGGGGGUCAAGAAACAAAGGACUCUAAGUCGAUUCAGGAGCACACAGAUACUUCAGAAAAUAAUGAAAUACAAAAAUAUGAAGGUUUCGAUAGUACUGCAGAAGGUGACAUUCGAGAGCUAGCAAGAACAAUGUCCCAUAUUAGUAGGGAACAAACCAACAACACGACUGGGAGUGAGGACUUAGUGCGCAAUUUAUCUCAUUUCUCUAGCAUUCCUGGAGUAGAGCCUUAUGAAGAAGUUGACGAAAGAUUAAAUCCCGAUAGUGAACAUUUUGACGCUAGACACUGGGUUAAAAACUUAAGAAAAUUACAUGACUCAGACGUUGAAUACUAUAAACCAUCGUCUUUGGGCAUAGCAUAUAGAAACUUGAGGGCCUCCGGGAUUGCAGCAGAUUCUGAUUAUCAAACCACUGUAUUUAAUGGAAUAGCAAAGAGUCUUAUGGAUGGAUUUAGAUACUUACAAAAGGAUGAUGCUUCUCGUUAUUUUGAUAUAUUAAAGAGCAUGGAUGCAAUAAUGAGACCCGGUGAAGUCACGGUUGUCUUAG